AAAGAGUAACAGAUAUUUUCAAAUUAUGUCAAAAAAUGCCAAAAAUGGAGAUACAAGGUUUUCUUCUGACAGCAACGAUAUGCUGGUUUUGUUGGUGACCAGUCAUGUUGAUCUAUAUAGCAGGGGUACCUUAGCCUUAUGCAACAAAACUAAAGAAGAAAGUUUUGGACAACAUGUCUUGGCAUGUUGACUACAUUUGGGGUCAGAGGGAGUCAUGCAACUUAUAUUUUUCCAAACUACAGUAUUCCUUUAAACAGUAAUAACUGUUGAGAUGGUUGUGGUCACUGGGAUCAGCAACACUGGCUGGGCUGUUUGAAACACCGGCCCCCUUUUGCCUGUUUGCAUACAAUCUCCUGCACAUAUUUCGGAAGCCCCAAGUCCCUUAAGUGUUUUCACACGCACACACACACACACACACACACACACAUACACACACACACACACACACACAAACACACACACACACACACACACACACACACACACACAGUCUUCCACAUCUCCAUUUUCGAGGACUCUGAACGUGGUUCAGUUUGGUUAUAUUUAAACGUGCUGUUAUGACAACGGCCAAAUGUCCAGCUCUACGAUGACCAAGCAGCCAUGUGUGGUGGUAGUUUCUUUGUUCCUCAUUGUCUGGUUUGCUCUUCCGGAAGCUGUUGUUUCUGGAAACGGCCCCAAAGAUUAUCCACUGACCCUUGAGUUUGCUUAUGGUCAAGCCCUGGACCACUAUGUGGCGGAAAACUGGAAAGAAAGCGUCACCUACUUGAAGCUGAGCCUCCGUCUGUACCGGCUCAUGAAGGAAAGUGUGGCCUUCUGCUGCAACAGCUGCAGACAUGGUGAUCUAGACGGCGACCCUGCUGUGGGUCAAUCCGCUGACCCGGGGCUUCGGACAUUCUGGCACAUUCUUCUGCGUGCGUCUUGUGUGAAGAGGUGCAAAAUUCGCUUCCCACCCUCUGUGUUCAGACCCCUGGGGAAAGAAAUUACAGAGGAUUUCGAGAGAAGGACACCAUACCAGUAUCUACACUUUGCCUAUCAUGAGCUAGACGAGACGGAGAACGCUGCGUCAGCAGCACACACGUAUCUGCAGAAGAACCCAAACGACACCCUGAUGGUGGAGCGCAUGAAGAUUUACACCAGCAUUCCUGGCCUGGAGGACUCCCUCACCAAUCACGAAGAGAGACAGUAUGAGAGGAGUUUCCUGACCGCUGUGUUGCUGUUGAACUCCGGAGACUACAGCGGCUCUGUCAUUGAUAUGGAAGAGGCGCUGAGAGAGUAUCUACAGGAACACGCUCUGUGUACUGCGGCCUGUGAGGGAGCGGUUGAUGUCGUAAUGCACCAAGAGCUGUAUGCUUCUUUAGCAGAUGCUUGCAUUGAGGCUCUAAGGUGUAAGGUCAAAUGUGAAGAAAACCUGAUACCCAGUGUGGGAGGAUUCUUUGUGGAGAAGUUUGUGGCUACCAUGUACCAUCAUCUCCAGUUUGCCUAUUAUAAAAUGAAUGACGCUCGCAGAGCUGUUCCUUGCGCCUCUAGCUACAUGCUGUUCGACCCUUCAGAUGAAGUCAUGAAGCAGAAUAUGCACUACUACUAUGAAUACAGGCAGCAGUGGGGUCUACAGCAGCGCCACUUCUACCCACGACCGGAGGCAGAACGAUAUUUUAAUCAAACAGCCACACAGAGGCGGAUGCUGGAGUAUACAGAGAAAUACCUGCAGCAGCACGACGAGGAAGUGGUGUGGACCAAUGAGGAACGCUCAGGGGAGAAGAGCAUCUCUCUGGAUCAGGAGUUUGAAGGGAAUGGAGAUUAUGAAGAAGGCAUCUAUGCAAAAUGGAGUCAGGAACCCAAGAGUAAAUGGGACUCUGGAGAACCAGAGGACUGACAACUUAUGACAAUCUGACAAUCUAUGUAAAAUGUUCUACGUCAACCCAGCUCUGGUCCUGGAGAGCUGGUGUCCAGGUAGUUGCCCUACUGAAAGCCAGCUCAAAAAACUGGCAAUUUAACAGGUUGAAUCAGGUGUGUUUGAGCAGGUAAACCACCAGACUGUGCUGGACACCAGCCCUCCGGGACCAGAGGUGUCCCCAUGAUCUGUGUAAAGAAAUAGAGUUUAGGGAUUAAACAGAUAAAGACUAAUAUUAUGCUAUUAUAGCACUGCACAUCAUGAGAAAAGCUCAUUAUAGAAAGUUGAUCCAGAAUGAAAACAUUUGUUGGAAGGCACUGCUUGAUGACUACAUUUGUUAAAGCAGUAUUUCAGCCUAAUUUUAAACAGCCAGUUGUUUUUUUUUUAUCAUGUUAUUUUGUAUAAUGUAAAAUUUUAUCCAUCAUCAUGAUGGCUGUUAUUGUAUUAUCCUAUUUUGUUAUCCUAUCAGGUUUUAUUCAGUACUUCAGGUGAUGAUGGGGCAGUUCAGCUUAGUUUUGGAGAGAAUUUUGUUGAGCUCGGGUCAGUUUCACACAAGGUUUUUUGGGCUUGGGACAGUUUUGGACAGAACUUUGCUGGGCUCUGGUCAGUUUUGUGAAGAAUUUUUUUGGGCUCGGGUUAGUUUUGGAAAGAAUUUUGUUGAGCUUAGGUCAGUUUCAGACAGUAUACUGCUGGGCUUUGUCAGUUUCAGACAGAAUUUUCUUGGGCUUGGGUCAGUUUCAGACAGAAUUUCGUUGAGCUUGGGUCAGUUUCAGACAGAAUUUUGUUGGGCUCGGGUCAGUUUCGGACAGAACUUUGCUGGGCUCGGGUCAGUUUCAGACACAAAACCUGGAUGCGAUUUGGCUGGGGUCAGGUGCAAAGUCAAAACAUGAUGCUGCGUGUUGGUUUUGGCUCAGACUGAAAGUUUAAAUUUCAGACAAAUUAAACCUCUUCAACUCCUGAUUAAUAAUAAUUCUCUACCUUCUUUUUUACCUUGGCUAGCUCAAAAAUAAAAACAAUACAUAUCGUACCAUCUAAAAGACAAAUUUCAGAUUUUCCUGUAAACUUUCAUCUAAAUGUAAUUACUCUUACCCCUCCAAUAAUCCAGAGAAACUACUCAGCUCAAAGACGUGAUACUGCGCUUCACAGGGAAGUAUCUCAAGUACAGAAGCAAAGGCUUAGUGAUAUCCUGGUCAAGUAGACAUAAAUGGAAUUCAUCGAUAUAUUUUUUUACAAAUAUAAAAACUCUACCUUAAAUUGGGAUUUCAGUAUUUUUUCCCACAUUUUUAAACAAGUAAAAGGUAAACACAAAGUCAUACAGAGUGGUUUGAUGUGAAAUGCUCCUAUCUAGACAAACCGAGCCAGAAUUGUUCACAGUGGUGGUGAUAGGAACCAGAUGUCUGAAUUUAAUACCCCUAAAAGCUCCUUCCCAGAUAAUUACUACAUGAAAUGGUUGUGAAUACGCUGCCUGAUAGUUUUGGCCUUUUUGCACAGAAUAAAACAUCAUGAACCCCAGAGUCGUAACAGUCUAAGACUAUUUUAACCUGCCUGGCUAUAUUUGUGUUGUAGACCACCACUGUAAAGUCAGCAAUAUUAUCUACAACAAACCAUUCUGAAUACUUUUGUUUACAUCUUAACCUCUAAAUGAUGCAGAGAUUUUGGAAAAUCCCCUUUAAAGCUUUCCUUUGUAAACCUGUAAGCACUACUUUCACAGUAUCAAUACACAACACACACAGAAGGCUUUUCAUAUUGUCGUUUUAUUUCAGUCUCUUAAACAGCAUGGGCUCUCUUCAAAAACCAACUCUUUUCAAAGGGUCACAACAGGCUGUCCAGUCUGCAGGAAACGGACUCACCUCCUUUCAAGCUAAUCACAAGAGUCACCGCAUUCAUCAAAACUCCUUUCUAAAGGAAUGGAACUGAAGUUCAAAUGUAAA